GCGCUCGCUCCGGCCUGCCGCGCAUGCGCGCUAGCAGCGGGGCCGCGCAGCCCCGGGCGGGUGCGCGCGUGGUGCCGGCCGCGCCAUGGCGGCUAAUGAGGAUCAGGAGAUGGAACUGGAGGCGCUGCGCUCCAUCUAUGAAGGGGACGGCUGCUUCAGGGAGCUCAGCCCCGUGUCCUUCCAGUACCGGAUAGGCGAAAAUGGAGAUCCCAAAGCCUUUCUAAUAGAAGUUUCUUGGCCAGAAACGUAUCCACAAACAGCACCAGUCAUAUCGAUGGAUGCUUUCUUCAACAACAGAAUAUCUUCAGCUAUUAAACAAAGUAUAUUGGAUAAAUUAAUGGUAGAAGUUGAAGCUAAUCUUGGAACUGCUAUGACAUACACACUUUUUGAAUAUGCCAAAGAUAAUAAAGAGUUGUUCAUGGAAAAUCAGCCCGUUAACACUGUGACUUCAGUAAGCAAUAGUAUUUCUAUUGGAACUCCCGAUGUACCAGCAAAUAAGAAAAAAGACAAAAAGGAACAGUUAUCCAAAACCCAGAAGAGAAAGCUGGCUGACAAAACAGAUCACAAAGGAGAUCUUCCUCGAGGAUGGAACUGGGUGGACGUCAUUAAGCAUUUAAGCAAAACUGGUUCUAAAGAUGAUGAAUAAAGGACUUUGGUACAUGGAAACUCAACCUCUUAAUACAGUGCAAUUUUGGGUCACCGUCUUUCUCUUAAUAGCUUUCUUAUUUGUUGAAGUAAUCAUUUUAUAAAGCUCAAUUUUCUAACUCGUAAACCUAGACAAACAAGUUUGUCUUGAGACUACGCAGUCUUCUUCGAAAACUAAACUUGCCUUAAAUGGAGGUAAAAAUGUGAAAAAAGGAUACAGAGGGUGAAUGUGGUAAAAUGAAUAGUGCUACGUGCGGUGUUUAGUAAUUUAUAUCUUACUCUGUAGAAAAAUCCUUUUAUAGUGAACCUGAUGAUGCUGUAAACAUCCUGAUGUUGUUAUUCCAAUGGAAGAAAACAGCACUAUAACAGUGAUUACUCACUUGACAGCUUAAUUCAUCCAAAUAAAUUAUUCCAUGGAAACAAAACUUUUGUCAUUUGUUUAUCUAAUACAAAUGUAGAAGUAGAGCAUUAACAUUAUUGCAUCCCGAGGCAGAAUUUGUUCUCUUUUAACUCGUUUUUGGCUGAAAUAGCAAGUACUAGCGAAAGCAAGGACAAGUGCUCUAGUUUCUCAAAGAAAUUAGUGGUUCCAACUAGACUGCAUUCUUUAUUCUCUGAAGUAUGCAUCUGUUAGUCUUUCUCCAGUGUGCAUCUUUACAGAAGGUCGUGUGUUUGAGGGGAAAGCAGAGUGUUAUCUAGUGUGUCUCUCAAUGACUCUUAGAUUUUGUAGCUCUUUUACGGGAGAAGUGGGCGUUCUUUGAAGGGUUUUGCUGGCUGAAUGGUGGAACAGCGUGACAAGUCAGCACUGCCAAAUGUGUUGGAGAAACUUUUUUUCUACUGUGCUCUUAUUAUCAGAAAGAAAACUCAUCUUUACCAUAUGAAUGGUUAUUGACUACGAGAUGCCUUAAUGUCCUUUAUCAUUUUUGUGCGUUUUGAGAUGAACCUUAAUAAAUACUUAUUUAUCUGCUGUCAUCUGUGUUUGUUUCUGUUUUUUGGAUUCCUGUAUUGCCUGCUGUAUUAAUGAGGCUCCACUUGAAUUUGCAAAGGAUUUUCUCUUACUGAGAGUGUUCCUAAUGACUGGCAGAAAGAUGCUUUCCCUCUUUUAGUGCAUGUUUCCAUUUCAGUGUAGCUGUGUUUGUUGCUUUAAGGAUGACUUAUAUGCUUCAUUUUGGAAAGGCUGAUUUCUUUCUGAACUCAAAUCAAAUUUAGUAAGAGUCAGUGAAGUACCCAAGAUAGAACUUCUUCCAAAUGAUCCAUUCUCAUUUUGGACCUAGGCUGGAGACUUACGACUGCAACCUGAGCAAAAGUGUCUGGGAGCAACGCCUCAGCAAGAAGUUGGGGUGGUUUUUGAUCAUGUAUCAGGGAAGGGCUUUAGUCUCUGCCAGCAUCAGAAUGGAUAGAGCUUUUGCUAUUCUAAAUCUCUCCAAGGGGAAUAGACGUGCUUUUGCUAGUAUCCUUGUGUCUUAAGUUGCCAUGACAAUUUAUGUGAAUAGUUUAGUUGGGGGUCACGCAGGAAAGACAGAUAAGAACCACAUCUCUUGCUUUUAUAGAGCUGCUGUUUGUAACAGCAAACUUGUUAACCUUGCGAAAUGCCUAAAUAUUCAGCUUCUUAUUUGCUUAUGUAUCACGUGCUUGGAGGGAGAUGUCCUAGCAACCUCUCCUGGUUCUUUUAGCAGGGAUUUAGAACGUGUUUUGAAGUCUGCUUGAACAGGAAAUAUUUUGCAUUGGGAUUAUGUGUAUUGGUUCUUCAUUUCUGUGCUAUUUUUAAAAGGUAAUUCAUGUAGUUUAAUGUUUGGGAGAAAAGUUAUUUAAAAGUCCAAGUUGUUAAUAUGAUGGAGAGACCUGAGCGCUGGAAAUGGAGGAGUGGGAAAGUAAUGAUUUUUAUCAAGAAAUGCAGAUCUACGUGUCAUUCUAUGCAUGACUGAACGUUAUUGCUUCAGCCUUUCAGUGCAUGUUUUCAUUGGCUGAUAUUCCUGGUGCCUUGGAAAGCUGUUGUUCUGUGAUUGAUCCAUUCCCUGUGAAGCAAGGAUUACACUUUAAGAAUGUACUGAUUAUUGUUCUGUCUACUGACUUUUUUUCUUUAAAUCAUGUAGGUGUUGAGAAAGAAACCUACUGAAUUCUCCAACUAUGAAAAGCAGAACAAUUAUGUACAUUUCUACUCCAAAUGUUUGUUGCCAUUCAGCACGAGAGGGUAGAAUCCACCAUUUAUGACUUGUUUGCUUGGUGUUAAGAGGGAGGAAUGCCUCUGCUCCCUCUCCUCCUUUUUUAUUUGUUUUCUCAGUCCUUACAGUGCCCUGGUGCACAUCACUAGGCAGUGCCCUUCCCAGCCUCAAGUUACAGGAGCUGUUUGCAAAGGGUGUACACAUUUUUUGUUAAACAACUUAGUGCCUUAAACACAGCGGCUUCCAAACCUGCCCAUUUCUUGCUGCUUAUGAUAAUGGACAUUUGAAAAACUAGAAGUGCAUGGUAGAAGCAGAAGGGUUGUCACCAUCACACUGGAAUUCUACCUUUCUGUCCUUGGAUGAUGCUGAAAGGUGCUCUUCAGUCAUAUUUGCAUGAUAUUAAGUGUGUGUUCAGUGUUUUUAGUACCAAAACCAGGAGCUGUACUGCACUGUAGCGCAUCAAAUCCCAGGUAAUAAUGCAGCCGGCCUUUAAGAAGGUUGGGUGGAGUGCUUGACAGCUGUAAUUGAUCACCAGUAUGUAUUUGGCACCUGCUGCUCACCCUGUAGGCUUACAGAGCUGAUGCUGAAAUGAAGGCUGUCUGCAGUACCACUGUAACUGGUGCAAUAUGGGGUGGGCAUUUAAAGCUCACCUGGCUGGCAAGUAAUUAGAUUUCAGUGACUAAAAGAAAGGAUAGGCAAAAUGCCAGCAUUUCAUGAAAUGGAUAGGACCUUUGGUAGAAGUGCAGAGGGAGGAUAUGCUCCUUUUAGCCAAGGCAGCACAAGUGGUUUCAGAUUGUACUGUGAACUCAAAAUCAUUUGAGCUGGACUACACCAAGAAUAUGUCCCCUCUGGAAACUGUUUCCUUCAGCUGUGUUUUAUGGUAUGGCUCCCUCAGCGCUUGUGCCUAGCAGCAGAAUGUGGGGCAAGGAAAUGUUCAUUCAACAGAUAAAAUAUCAGAAAUGCAAGAAUUCUGGAUGGAUUAGAGGAAGAAGUAGAGGAGGAAGGAAGCACACAGGAGGUAAGUCUUAAUUUCUGUGAGGCAAUAACCUACAGCAAAAGCAAAGCUUACAGUUGCAGAGCUGUAAAUUUCUGGAUGAGGUUGGGAUAUGGCAAAAGACAAGAGGGUAAUAGGUUUUCUUUCUGUCAUCACCACUUUAUUCUUUCACCAACAUAGCUUUGGCUUUGUUUCAGAAUGGGACUACUCAGUGUCUGUAAGAAGAAUUUCUCUUCCUCUGACUGUUACACUUCCUGUCAUUCUUUCCAAGUCCAUUGAAGAACCUCUGAAAGAAAGUCUGUUGUACUCUUAGCAGUGACUUAUAAAAAACGUGUUGACUAGCACUGCAAGAAGACAUUAGAAUGUUUUACAAGAGUGAAAGAAUUAACAGUUUCUUUUCUCUCAUUUUCAUUCAAAGCAAAGUGAGCAGUGACUCCUCAUGGAUGGAUUACUCCAGACACGUGAAGAUCUAAAUCCAGAUACCAGUGUCUUAUGCUAGACUCAAA